AUGAGCCAGGCCCCGCCGCCCCAGUCGGCGGCCGACUCUAACCCCGGGGCACCGGCUGACUCGGGCGCCUCGUCGGCCUUUGGUGUCCUACGGCGGCUGCUCUUUUUGGGGGAUGCCCCCUCGGCUGAUCUGGCCGCACCGGGCCCCGGCACGGCUGGUCGGCCGUCUCAUGGCCCGGGCCCGGGCCCGGGCCCGGGCCCUGCCGCAGACUCCUCGUCUAUCGCGAGCUCGUUCUCCUCCCUCAUGGGUUUCCUCUCGCCCACCGAUGAGGCAUCUCAUGCUGGGUCGUUUGCCGGACACGCGUCGCUGGACCACGCAUCGAGCUCCACGCAGUUGACUUCCUUCCCGCCGCCGCUGUUCGUCCCGCGGUCGACUGUCGUGCCGGAUUCUGGCCCCGGCUUGGAGGCAACCCUGGAUCCCGCCUCGGCUGCGGGCGGAUUUCCCCCACCUGACCUUGAGGCCUUGUGCACGGCUCAACGGCCGGCGGAACUGGCGCCGGAGGAGCCCCUCACGCCGGAGGGGGAGUUUUUCGAGGAGCCGGAAACCUUCUUCCAGACAGUGGCCGCCCUUCGGGCCAUUUGGCCGCACGGGGCCGAUCUCUCCAUCUCCACGCGGCCAGCCACAGAUGACUCCUGCUCCUCGUGUGGGGAGCGCUUCACCGGUGUUCGUCGCCAGGUCCCCUGCCAUGUGUGUGUGCGGGAUUUCUGUGCGAGUUGCACCACCUCGGCCAUCAUCCACCUGGACCCGGCCGCCGCCUUUCCCGGUGACAGUCUCGAUCACAGCUCCGUCAGUCGACUCUGUUUCCACUGCUCCUCGAUCGUCGGCGACAUGGCCCUGCUGGGGCCGGUGCCUCGGUGCCCGGAUGCCCCGGUGCCAAUCUUCUCGCUAGACUCGCCGGCUGGCGGGCUGACACGCAUCCUGGCCUCGCGGCGUCUGGCCAACUCGGCGCUGGGGAUUGACCUGUCUUCCGCCGCGUCUGCCGCAUACCUGCUGCUAUCCCGCUCGAAGAUCCCCUUCUCACAUGUCACCUUCGGGAUCCCCUUCUCACAUGUCACCUUCGGGGUGCACAUCAACUCGUAUCUGGCCCCGCGGCCGGAUCCCGGCGCGCUGACCGACGCGCCGGCUCCCGUGGACCCUCGACCUCGACUGGCCUUCCGAACGAACCCGAACAGCCUCGCGGACUUUGCUCUUCCUCGCCAGACGCCGGUUCUGGUUCCCCCCCAAAAGGACACUUUGGUCCGAUUCCAAGUCCCCACGUCCAUCGGCCCGGCCUCGCACCUGCGCACCCGCCUGGCCCUGAGCCAUCUCCGCCUGUCCACCAAUCAGCCGAUGGCCUCGGGCCCGGAAUUGCUUCGGACACCGACUUCUCCCGAGGGCGUGCUCUCCUCGGCGGGCCGCGGGCCCCCGACGCAGACGCCGCUUCCGGCCAAAUCGCCGGCUGCCACGUCGUCCUCCGAUCAAUCGACCGCGGCUACCUCGGCCCCCACGAAGCGGCCAUCCCCCCGCCAGCCGGCACCCGUUACCCCGGCCGAGCUUGCGGCCGCCAAGCUGGAUCUGAAUGCGGUCCCGGGAGCCCCGCCCCCGGGGGAUGUGAUGGAGGCCCUCGUUCGCCGAGAGCUGGCCUGCUUUGCGCCCUCCUGGUCGCAUCGGCUGCUGGACAUGCUGGAGCCCGACAUGCUGGAUCACUUCUUGCGGCUCCUGGCCCAGCUUCUUGUCAAUCAGCGGCUGGCUCUCGAUUGGGCCGUGAUCUUGUGCCAUCUGCUGGCGCCGGCGGCGCAAACCAUGCUCCGGUCGAGGGCCCGCACAGAGCAGGCUCUCUUCGCGCGGCAGUUCAUCCACGUGAAGAAGCUGCCCCUGUGUCCGGCGACAGCGCCCGGGCCGGAGGCCGGGGGCCAAUCUGCCGCCGGGAGCCUGGCCAUGCGCCGCCGCUCGGACUUUGUCGGGGGCCUGGUCUUUUCCAAGGAUCUAGCGCACCGGAAGAUGCCAAGCUUCGUGGCCGAGCCCCGGGUGCUGUUGCUGAAGAAUGGCUUCGAUUUUUCCCGACACGCCUCAUCCUUCGGGCCGCCCAGCUCAGGGGCCCGGUCCGGAAGUCCCGGUGCCACGGGCCCUGGUGGCGAGUCGGUUGACACCGGCUCGGGUUCCGGCUCCGGCUCCGGCUCCGGCCCCGGCUCCGGUUCUGGCUCUGGCCCCAGCCCGGGCUCCGGCCCCGGCUCCGGUCCGGGCCCCAGCCUUGGCCCCGGGCACAUGGAGCUCACCAUCAAUGAUCGAGAGGUGGAGUACCAUCGAUCGAUGAUCGCGCUGCUGUAUCGCAACCGGCCGGAUGCCAUUUUCCUUGGCGGAAGCGCCAGCCGACUGGGGAUCGACAUGCUCCUGCGGCAGGACCCCUCGCCGCCGGCCAUCUUCACGCAUGUGAAGCCGCGCAUCUUGCAGCUGCUGUCGCGCCUGACCGGGGCCGAGGUGGUGGAUUGGAUUGACCGAAAGCCGUCCGUGGCCCUGGGCCGGUGCGAGGCGGUUUUCGUGUCUCACCAUCGGGUGGGUGUCCGAGCUGGCACGGGGUCCGGCGUGAAAACCCUGACUUUCCUGACCGGGCGCGGGGAAACCCGCGUCGGGACCGUGGUCCUGUGCGGGGCCCCGGCCGCCGAGCUGACUCGGGUGAAGAAUGUCCUGCUGUUCCUCCUCCACACGGUGGUAUCCAUGGUCCGGGAGAGCGCCCUGCGGGCCGACAUGUUCAUGACCCCGGCGCGACCGGUGGUCCGGUCUCUGGCUGUGGAUCUGGCCCUCUGGGCGGAGGGGUCCUUGGAUGGGAGCCCAAGCGACCUGGCAGGGGGGGAUCCCCUGGCCCGGCCGCGGGCUGCCAUCCAGCGCAUUCGGGCGAUGGCCGCCAAACAGGGCUUCCGCUUGGCCUAUCGGAAUGCCCUUCACCAGGUUCUGUUGGACUACUUGCUGCUGGUAGAUGGCCAAGCGCCGGCCGGGGCGCGCCUGCCGGUGAGUGUCGCCACCAGUCUCCGGGCCAGUCGCGAUACCAUUCUCUCCUCCUCGCCGUCGGUGGCCUUCCCCCUGUCGAAGUGCUUGCGCCAGGCCCUGGACCGGGUGCUGCUUGGGCACCCGGCCGGCAUGGAGGCCGCCUUUGAGAGCCCCUGGUCCGAGUCUUUCCCGCUGGUGCCGGCCCCGGAUGGGGCUCUGGACCUUGGGUCCCUGUCCGAGGCCCAAGUGUUGGAUCUCUUCCGCCGGGCGGCCACCAUUCAGAAUGCCGAGCAUGAGCUCUGCAUGCGAGAUGCCCGGCUCCAGGCCAUUCUGCCCACCUUGCGGCCGCUGUCACGCGGGUGCAUCUCCCUGCUGACCAGUGUCGGAAAUGCGCCGGGCGCGCGUGCCCCCUGCCGCCCGCCGAGCCUGCUGACCAUUGUCAUUAAUAGCUACCGCGACAUGACGCUUGGGCACUUCAUCGUGGACAUUUGCCAGCAAGCCAUGCCGGCCCCCUUCGCCGGGAGUUCGGCCAGCGACAGCAACCGCCCGCGGACGGUCUAUUGCACUGCCUGCACGCAGCCAUACCUACUUCACACGCGCACCUUCGCCCAUGGGAACACCCGGGUGGCGGUUCGGACAAGCAAGAAUCCCUCCCCCAUCCCGGGGUCGCUGGAGUCCAUCCAUGUUUGGUCCAAGUGCAAGAUUUGUUCGCUGACCUCGCCGGUGUCUCUCCUUUCGGACCAGGCCUACUCCCUGUCGGUGGGCAAGUUCUUUGAGCUCUUCUUCCACGAUCGGGCCUCGGCUCUGAGCGAGGAUCUGCGCUCCGAGCGUGGGCGCUGUGAGCACUCCUUCUUCCGGGCCUGCUCCAUCUUCUUCUCCUUCCAGAACAUCCAAGUGGAGUUGAAUGCUCUCGAGGUCCACCGCCUGAAUAUUGUCCUCCCGCCGCGCCUUCUCCAUGUGCCUGGGCUCAUGGCGGCCCGGCUGAACCUCCCAGCGGCCGAGGUCGAUUCUCGGGAGGCGGCACGCUUCGCCGUUGUGGCCAAUGCAUUGGGCUCCCUCUUCACCUCCAUCAGCACCAUGCUGCAGAGGGUCGCCAACUUCUUGGUGAUCCCGGCCCUGGAGAAGCCGCUGGAGGCUGUGCUCAAUCUCCUCAGCCAGCAGGUGGCCCUGGACCAGGCAGACUUCGAAAGCAGGCUGGCCGGCAUCCAGGAGGCCGAGCGCCUGCUCCUCAGGCAACCAUCGGACGCGGCCCGAAGCCGUUUGGCGGCAUUGCUGGCCACACUGCCGGUGUCGCACGACCCGCGGCAUCCGGUGGUGGACGCGCAUCUGGCCUUCGGCGUGGCCGAGGGCAUCACCGCCCUCGGGCUGGAGAAUGCCUGGCAGCGCCAUCCGCCGGUGCCUUUCCUGCUGGCGGCCCUGAGCCGCGACCUGCACGAGUAUUUCAUCCAGUGGUCAUACAUCCUCCGGCAUGUGGUAUUCUACUAUGCGCACGGGGGCCUUCUCCUUUCCCCGGCCCAGCUGUCCCUGACAACGGUGUCGGGGUAUGAAAUUGCGGCGCUCAAUCCGCUGGACUUCUUUGCCGUGGUGCAGCCGGCCAUUCCGGCCGACAUGUCGGCCGAUGGCCUGAACGAUGCACCGGUCGACACGCCGCCCGAAGCCGGGCCCAUGCACACGCGGGUGCACUCGGGUCAGGAGUCGUCCGGAUCGGCGGCGGACCUGUUGCCUGGCGCCCCGAAUGAGGGGGCUGCCUCGGGGCCUCCCUCGGCGGCCCCGGCGCCAUCCAGCUCCGAGGGGGAUCUGGCGUCCAGGCAAGUGCCAGUGGCGACGUCUGCAUCGGCCGAUGCGCUGCCGGCCACGAGGCUGGCCAUUUCCACGAGCCGGAUGUCGGUGGCGGUCUCGGCCACGACGACCGGCCUCGGGACCAGUGCCCUGCCGUCGUCUCAGCUGCUGGCCGUCUUGGCAGACAAGAACAUGCCCUUCGUGCGGGCCCUGCUCCGGCGGCGCCCGCACUUGGCCGCCUCGCUGGGGCCCAUUUCCUGUCAGAAGGUGGCCUACCCGAAGGAGAUCGAUGUCAUGCUGGUGGAUGCGGUGAUGAAUCUCUCCCGGCCGGGGGCUGGAGGCCGCGACAUCAGCAGCGGGUCGCCCGGUACGGCGACCCCGGCCACGGUCCCCGGAACCCCGGAUGACCUUCUUUCCCCGGAGCCCUCGCGCCCGGCAUCCCCAGGCCCGGGUUCCGCUGGCUCGCCCUCCUUCCCGGUCAAUCCAUUUGAUGCCUUGCGGCCGGAGGAGCUUCCCACGGCCACCGGCAUGGCCUGCUCCUCGACCUCCGACUCGGAGCCGGAGCCGGUGCCCGGCUCGGGCGAAGACUCGGCCUCGGCUGGGUGCUCGCCGUCGGGACCCACAUUGACGGAGCUUCUCAUGGCGGAGGUGAACAGCCAGGCAGCGGCUGAGGCCGAGGUCGCGGCACUCACCGCCCUCGAGGCUGGAUCUCCGGCGGCGGCGGCGGCGGCAAACACAUCAUCAGUCCUGGCCGAGACCGGCGAAGUGGCGGCCAUGCCGAUUGGCUCGACGCUUGGCCGCGCGCCGCAGGCCACCGAUACGCCGGCCUCGAGCUUUGUCGACGCUCCGGGCUACCUGCUGCCCAGUGGCUCGGGCUUCUCGCUGCCGGUGGCACUGCCGGCAGCCGGCCGCGAGCAGGCCACAGCGCCUUCGCUCGGGAGCGCCCUGGAGCCGGCCAGUGUGUCUCUACCGGCGGAGUUCCAGGUGGCCACCGGGCCUCCGCCAAUCCCGGCACUUGUGGAUCCUCUCCCGAAGGGAACGCUCAUCUUCGAGGGGUCCGACAUUCCCGUGUCUUUGGACAAUCCGAUGUCGAUUGUGGCCUUUUGCAUGAAUUCCCCGCAGUACCGGCAGAAUUUGGUGCACAUCCGGAAACGCGUGCGGGCCACCAAUGUUCCUGGCUCUUCUAAGACCUCGCCGCCGAUGCUGGAUUUGCCAAUCCCCCCCCGGCCGGGGCAGGCACCUGUCAACGACGUGCCGGUGACCGCCUCCACAACCGAAGCCGAGGGGCAUCCGGUGGGGGCCGGGUUGCCUGCCGCCGCCGCUGCCGCCGCCGCCGGCCAUCCCCAGCCGACAGCCUCGCAGGCCGACCGCGAGGAGUAUUUGGCCUCGCUGGCCUACCUAUCCCACUUUUCGCCCCAGCAUCGGAAAUUCGAUUUCUCCCACGGCGCUACGCAAUUCUCCUGCAAGAUGCUCUUCCUGGAUCAGUUCCACGAGCUGCGCCGACGCUGUGGCGUGGACCACCAGGCGUUCAUCGCCUCGAUGUCGGACUGCCGUGCGUUCGAUGCUCGGGGCGGCAAGUCCAGCGCGUCAUUCUUCAUCUCGGCCGAUGGGCGGUUCAUCAUCAAGCAGGUCAACCGGCCGGAGCUCUUCUCGCUGCAGGGCUUCAUGAAGGAGUACUUCAACCAUAUGAUCGGCGUGCUGAAUUGGCACCAGCCGGUGGAAAGUGCCCUUGCCAAGAUCUUGGGCAUUUUCCGGAUCUCCAUCAAGCGCCCAGGCGGGUCGAUUGGCCGGACGGAUUACAUUGUCAUGGAGAAUGUCUUCUUCAGCCGGCCGAACAUCAGUCGCAAGUACGACCUGAAGGGGUCACUGCGGAGCCGGUAUGCGCCGUUGACCGGCGACUCGAAUGAUGUCCUGCUGGAUGAGAAUCUCCUGGAGACCAUGCACUCGGAGCCGCUGUAUGUGUAUCACGAGCAGAAGCACCGGCUCAUGGAGGCCAUUCGCAACGACUCGGAGCUGCUGGUGUCCUGCAACAUCAUUGACUAUUCGCUUCUGGUGGGGGUGGACCCGGUGACUGGAGAUCUGGUGGCCGCCAUCGUGGACUACAUCCGGACGUAUACAUGGGACAAGAAGCUCGAGCGCUGGGUCAAGGAGACCGGGCUCCUCGGGGGCGGAAGCCAGGCGCCGACCAUCCUCAGUCCGCAGAUGUACCAAGACCGAUUCCGUCGGGCCAUUGACAGCUACCUGCAGGUGGUGCCGGAGUCGCACAGCUGAGAGCCGGCAUUUUCACAUGGGGACCGACAAUGGCAAUAUAGAAUGUGUCCUGCUCGGCUCGAGAGCAUCCAUGGGGGUAGAAGAGGGAGAGGAUCGGGCGAGAGGAGGAGAAGGAAGGAAAGGGAGUUCCCGAGGAAGAGGGGGGUGAUGUGCGGAUUUGCGGUCCUCCCGGUGGUGUGGUGCCAGUAUCGGAAGCAGACAUGCAUGUGUAUUUUUGUGGAGAGAGGGGGGGGGGGGGGGGGAAGAGCGAAGCAUAGGGUGGGGCUCCCUCCCGGGGGUUGCGCAGUCGCUGGAAUGGGAAGCAGAACAGGGAGCAGACUCUUAGACAGACUCGGAAGAGUGGUAGCUGGCCUCGACGUCCUUCUCCUGGUAGGCGGGCUCGUUGUUCUCGUAGUGAGAGUGCUGGGGCUGCUGCAGGGCGGCCGGCUCAGCCUGCUGGGGCUGCUGCUGCUGCUGCUG